GUCCACGCCCAAAAGAAGAUCUCAGAGUACUUCGACAGCACGAACGAGGCCUGGAGCAAACGCGACCUGGAGCAGGGCGUUGACCGCGACGUGCCGAUCGAGUUCGACAGAGUCAUGAACUUGGUCGAGGCUUCGCCAAACCACGUCCACAGGCACGACGGGCUGCACGAGGCGCGCCUGUUCUCGAUGGCCCACAGUCGUUCCGUGCUCGCCCACUUCGGCAAACACCAGCUCGCUACGAUGCUAACGUGCCAGAUCGGCGACGGAUGCGAGGGCAAGCCCACGCCUGCUGCCGCG